AAUGUAGUUUAACAUAACCAGCCAGCGGAGGUGGAGCAAAAGUUUCUCAGAAGUUAAACAUUGCAAAAACAUCAACGAUACUUUACAGAGAUUAGAUAGCUAUAGCUUUACAGGGAUAUUUAAUCCAAUAAUACCGAAGGAUUUAUAAAACAUUUCCACACACUCGGCUGUGUUUUGACUUGACUCAACAGCCAUCUAAGGGAUUUGUAACAGUAUUUACAGGAUCAAGUAAUAACAUAGACGCGUGUAUCGGCCUUUCUGUUCACUGAUCUAGAACUUGAAGAUGUUAAAAGUAACUUUGAUAUUCGACCUGUAGCGCCACAUCAAAAAGAAAAUGACUCUCAUUCACCAAAAUAUAGCAUUUGGACUGAGUGUGUUCAUAUGUACACUCACUAGUCUCGCUGCGGAACUUUGCCAUGUUGCCCGGAACAAAUGUGUUGCCAGGAUGGGCUGUAGCAUGGCCCUACAUAACUACAUCACAAACUGUGGCCCAGUCAUACACGGCGAAACUGACAUAUGUACGCCCGAUUGCCGUAAAGCGUUAAUCUCAUUAUUCUCAACAGAUGACAAAGCCGGGGAAAUGUUUAUGACAUGUGACUGUAAUGGAAAUCAAUUUUGCGAAGAGUCAAAACAUCGCAUUGAAAUCUGUAGUAACGAUGUAAUUCAGGGAUUGCAUAGUAUUGAUGAUGAUGAGACAAUGUUGAGUUGUAGUUUGGCAAGUAUGAUUUGUGAGGCAGAUACUAGAUGCUGUACAGCCCUCGACUUCUACCAACUGCACUGUAAAAAAAUGUGGGCUGGAGAAAAAUGCACCCACAGAUGUAACAAUAGUAUACAAAUUUUAUAUGGACAGCACAAAGCUAAAAAGCUGAGAACAUGUUACUGUGAUGGCACAGAGGGCCUCACUGCUGGCAGUUCUGGGCUACUACACAUUUACCCACUAGACCAACCUGUUCAUGCCUUGCAUUAUAAUAGUGCAUUGAAUGACAUACAAUGCCAAGCCUCUCCUGAUAUCACCCAACCAAGCAAGAUGGCGAUGGCGCAACAAGACAGAUCACCUGGUUAUGAGUUCAUAUUCACCAAAUUUGAAACAUGA